CACACUGCUGCGGAGACAUGACAGGGAACUAGAGAAGCGAGGACCAUUACAGCCUCGGAUGAAAAACUCCUUCAUUUGGAUUAAAAGCGCUUCUAUACCCCGGGACAGAAUAUAAAAGCACUUUAAAGAGUGUCCGCGCGGAGGGAGAGCUACUUUAGAGGUUUCAAAACAUGUUUUCAAGAGCGGUGUAGUUUAUUCUGGGCUGCUUUAGUUUGUUCUGAUGUCUCCUCUGUUGCAACAAUGCGCGUAGAGACGUUUUAUUUCAGGGACUAGUUUGAGGAUUUUUAAAAUCAGAUCUGAAUCAUGCAGAGCUCCGAGAGUCUGAGGCCGGCUCAGUCGGCCAGGAAGCCGCUGGGGAAGCUCUCUUCCCGGCUGGAGGAGGUGAAGAACCCGUGGAGACAGGUCUCCUCUCUGGAGCUCAGCCACAACGAGGCGGCGCGCCUGGCCACGGACGCGCUCCUGGAGCAAGGUGAGCACGAGUACAGGAGGGUGCUGAAGGAGGAGCGCGAGGUGAGCUUCCUGUCCCAGCAGGAGGUCCAGUACAUCACCCAGUACUCUGCAGCCGCUGCCUCCAAGACCUCCUGCGGUCCGGACAGCUCCAAUGACCGGGACUUCGAGGAGGAUGUGUCCGAACUCACCUCCGGGACUUAUUUCCCCAUGAUGUCCGAUGAGGAGCCACCGAUGCUGGAGCUCGGCUGGCCGGAAAACCCUAACAGAUUCGGGCCAUCAGAGACCCAGAUCUACUUCCAGAGGGACAAGAGCCACAACGUGAAGGACCUGAUCCGGUCCCUGAUCAACCAGGCCAAGAAGGUGAGAGGCUCGGGGUCAAAGUGA